AAAGAUGGCGAGCCUGACUUCAUGGAGGAGAACAAGCUGGGACUUGCUGUACCCUGGUUUGAUUAUAUCCAUGACACUGUUGGCGGGGAUCAUACAGCCCAGUCGUGCAAGCAUUCAGGUGAAGAAAUGCUUCAGUGGAUCAAUGUCGGACACUGCAGGUGACGUCACGCUCCAGUGCCCAGAAGGUCAAGCCAUCACCAUCGAAGAAGCCUACCUAGGCAGGAACAAGUGGGGGGCGUGUGUCAUCACGGACGAGGACUGCUUCGAGAAGACGAAAAUGUUCCAGCACUGCGAGGGCCUGACCAACUGCUCCAAGACAUUCAAAACCUACUCCCUGCAGUGUGGCUACAGUACCAUCUUCCUGCUCAGCUACUACUGCUCCGCACCUACAUCAGCACCAGCUACAUCAACAUGGGUCAGCACCACUGCCCUGGCAAAUCAGACUACACAGAUGUUGGCUGUAGAUGUGCCCUCCACUCAAGCAGACCCCCUAAACCUGGUUCUUAGUAGCCCAACUACAAUUUCACAGACAACCUUACAACCUUGGACUGAUCACAGCCAAGGUGAUUCAAAAGAGCUGGGCAUCAUUGUUGGCUGUGUUGUCUCCAUUACAUCAGCUGUUUUAAUCACAGCUAUAAUCCUUGUCUUGAGAAAACUUUUACAGAAACAAAAGGAAGAACCACAAUCUGCCAGCUCAUCAGACAACAGCAGCACAUGCCAAACACAAAAAAUUCUUUCUUCACAACAAAACAAUGCGUCGGAAAACAGGAGCUCGUUAAGACUGUCCAAGAAACGCCGCAAGUCCAGACUGACGCCAGUUGGUGAGGAGGACAUGUCUGGCCAGUCCACCCAAACACAAGUCAGGUCACAUGUUAGUCGGAGAAGUCUGACAAAGCUGACCUCACCACUGAACUCAGGUCAAACCAAUGGGAAUCUCAACAUGGCUGAAGUAACAACGUCAACGUGUUUCAGGGUUGAAAUAGAAGACAAUGAUAAUAAUAAUUCAGAGUGGGUCACUAAAGAAAACCUCCAGAAUAAUGUUGACCCCGUGACCUCUCUAGAAGCCACUUCUGCCCAGCUGCCAAUGUCAGAGAGUCAAGCCAACGACCAAAUCCCACCCACAACAGAAAUAACAUCCCAUAAUUCUAGCCUUGCCAAUAUUCACAGAAAUAAUGAAGGGGUUCACUUAAAAGGGACAUUAUGCUGAAAGUUAUCUUAAAUACAUUGUGUUUUAGAAUAAGUUUUAUACACCAGUUUGAUUCUCACAGAAUAUUUGUGGUUUAUAUGAUUUUUAAAAAUUUGAAAAAUGCUUCAACAUCCUUGAUAAUGUAUCAUUAAUCCAAGGAAAUAAAUUAGAUCGCUUUUAAGACAAAUCACGUUUUAAAAACAUAUUUGUCAUCACUUUUGUUGAUAAAGUUAAACAUCUUUUGUAAAUCAACUGAAUGAUCAUAACUUUGUGAAAACAUAAAGCAUCAGUGAUAAAGUUAGCCAUUACUUUUAACAUUAAUUUUACAUUGAGCUGUUAAAAGAGUUAAACCUUGUUGAUUUUGUGUAAAUCAAGCACUUUUUUCUGAUAGCAAAUAUUGAAAAUUAUACAGUAAUGAAGAAAUUACUCAGAAAAUUAACAUGUGGAAAAAUGUUAUGCCAUAUAAUCACCUUGUGAAGUUAAAUGGCAUUGUUUUAAACUGUUCCUUUUUGCUUGCUCAUUAAU